AUGAAGUUGGUCCAAUUGGUUCUCGUAGCGGGUGCCUUUCUCGGCUUCUCGUUCGCUUCCGAAGUGUCCGCCAAAUGUCUUACCCCUGACCCUUCCCCUGAGUACCUGUCUCUCUUUCCAGCAAAACCGGUUCGACGCAGCGUCAACAAUGGCCUCUUCCCAAGACAAUCUCAAAACCUGACUGUUGAUGUGUACUUCCACAUUGCGAGUACAUUCGCCAACGCCGGUAAAGUCACGGAACAACGAGUGGCAGACCAGUUUCAGGUGCUGAAAAAUGCCUAUUCUCCUUAUGGGAUCCACAUGCUUCUUCGCAAUACCUCAUGGAUAGUGGACGAUAUCACCGGCACUGGUUUCUAUCAAGAGGAUGGUAGCAUGAGCGAUGAGCUCUUUGAGCAAUGGUUUGCUCACAUGCAACGAACUCGACAAGGCUCACACUCCACGCUGAACUUAUAUUUCUACACCGACAUGCCCGUUGGGAUUCAAGGCAUCUGUCCACUCCCAACUUUCGUCACACCUGGCGAUGAAUGGUUCUACCGAGACGGAUGUCAGCUCCAUGCAAAUACCAUGCCAGGCGGGGAUAUUGCGAAGUAUCUAGGAAACACGGCUAUCCACGAGGCGGGUCAUUGGUUUGGAUUGCUGCAUACCUUCCAGGGUAAAUGCUCCAUCUAUGGAGAUGGGGUGAUGGAUACGCCGCCUCAGGCUUCCGCUAGUGUAGGGUGUCCUGUUGGGAGGGAUAGUUGUCCGGGUGAGGAGGGUCUGGAUCCAAUUCAUAACUAUAUGGAUUAUUCAGAUGAUGAAUGUACGACGGAAUUUACGCCAGGGCAAAGUGAGCUCAUGCAUGACUCGUUUGCACGAUUCCGAGCUGGUAUCUAA